GUCACAUUAGGCAGUUUCUAAUUGCUCACGACACCUUUCCAUUUACUCACAUCCGCCAGUUUCCUAUUUAUGGGGUUCGUCUGUCAUCCAUCGUAGUAAGCCAGCAGUCAAAGUGUCAAACACACACUCUCCUCAGAAGCGAUCGAGGUUGCUUCGGCCGCUCCGCAUCUGGCCCUAGCAUCUCAGUCCUUCUCCGAUCCCGACCUCCACCACAGAACCUAAUUCUCCCCACGGCCGAUCUCUGCCAAACGGAUGGAGGCCGGCGGUAGUAGUAGGAGUACGGCUACCCGGAAGAGGAAGUCAGCCGCACUCGAGGUCGAUUGCUAUCGGCCUCUGGCGGCACCGCCCGAUCCCGGAGCGGCUGAACACGAUGGGUGCGGAGAUGGACGAGAUCUCCACCACAUGAGAAACCUCGGCGACCUCCCCGACGACAUGCUCCUUAAGAUAAUUUCGCUCCUCCCCAUCAAGCAAGGCUGCCGCACGCAGAUCCUCGCGAGACGCUGGCGUCCCCUUUGGCGCUCUCUUCCUCUCAACAUCGACUGCGCUGAUAUCGUCCAUUCUAAUGAUGGUAAACUCGGUGAUGUCUUACAACGCAUAAUUUCCUCCCACCAAGGCGUCUGCCACCGCUUCUCCAUUCGCCCAGAAUUGUCCACCGACAUGGACAACGAUGCUGCCGUCGACGCCUGUCUCCUGUCCUCCACUCUGGAUAAACUCAAGGAGCUUGAGUUCUACCGUCGGCGCUGGCACAACUGGCAGCCGAUGCCGGUGCCGGCAUUAAUCUUCCGCUUCUCGCCCACCCUCUGUGUUGCCAAAUUCGGACAUUUCACACUCACGGACGACGCACUUCAGGGGAUUCAAUUCCCCCAGCUUAAGAAGCUCGUUCUUCAUUAUGUCUACCUCUCGGACUUCUCACUCAACAGCAUGGUUGCCCGCAGCCCUUCUCUCGAGUUCUUGCUAAUUAUUCGGUGCACUGGAGCCCGUCGCCUCCGGACCAAUUCGUUUACCCUUAGAACCAUUGCAGUUGAUAAUCAUUCGCCAGAUCCAUCCAUAGAGGAACUCGUUAUCGAGAGUGCCUCUCAUCUUCAAACAUUAAUCCAUCUUGAACACAACCAUGAUUUGCAUAUAGCCACGCUUUCCGUGCCUAAGUUGGAGACCCUAGGUUGUACCAACUCCAUGAGGCUCGUGCUUGGUUCCACAGAUAUUCGUCAUCAUCCGGGACCGCGCAUUCGUGGCCUUGCAACUGUGGCGUGCAAAAUCAAGUGUUUGGUUCUUGGUAUGGCUACUCUUAAUUUGGACAUGGUUAUUGAAUUGUUGACAACCUUCCCGUGCUUGGAGAAGUUGUACAUUCAGUGCCAGAAAUCAUGGAAAAACAAUUUGUGGCGUCGUAAAUACCGGGGUCUCAUUACCAGCACAUGUUUUGACAUCCAUGUGAAAACAAUAGUAUUGGAUUAUUAUCGGGGCAGAAAAUCUGACAUUGAUUUUGUUACUUUUUUCGUACUCAAUGCUAGAGUGCUAGAAAAGAUGAAACUUUUAGUAAAGACGAACGAUGAUAAGUUCUUGGCAAUACAUCGUCAUAGGCUUCAACUAGAGAACAUGGCUUCACAUGGUGCACAUAUUAACUUUCGACUCAAGGCUUCAGAUGUGUGUAUCAGUAACAUUUACAAUUUAUGUAUACAGGAAAAUAUUUUAAAUUUGUAGCAGUUUACAUGCAAUUGUAAAACACUUGUUCUACUAGAAAUAUAA